AAUUUUGUGAUAAAAAUUUCAAGGAAAAAAACACACAACCUCCUUCCUCCCCUUCCUUCGGGGAGGGAAGAGAGUGAGCGAGGGUAAAAAUCUAUCUGAGAGAAAAAGGAGAGAGAGAAAAAUAUAUAGCUAGCUAUAAGAGUGAGCAAGGGAGAGGAGGAGGAGGAGGUGGAGGAGAGGGGGGAGCAAAUUAAAAGUUGCCAAACGGAGAUAUUAGGUUUCAAGGAGAGGGGUGAGACAGGAACAAGGGCUUGCCUCUUUUAAUCGGUCUUGAUGUUAUGCAAAUUUAAAUAAAUAUUUAUGGCUGUCCAUUAUUUAAGUCUAUUUAGGGACGAUGUAGUGAAACCCGAGGGCUCCAAAUAAAUCACGCGAAAGAAUACAGUUACAUUAGCUCCGUUUAAGGGCCAGGGAGCAUACAAAGAGAGCUAACGAGCUGCUAGCAGGCUAAGCGCUUUCAAAUGGCCGCCAGGAUUUCUUCAUUUAGAUCUCCGUAGUUACCGAGGCUUAAAUAAAGCAAAUCAAGACGAGACAAAGACCGAAGCGUCGUCUGCGCGCAGUUGCACUGCAAGGAAAUGCGAAAGAAAAGAGCGAAUUGGAAGCCCGUACGUCCUGCUCCGCGGAAAGCGAUCGAGCGAGUGAGAGGGGGGAAGAGAAGCGUUUUGCUUUCGAGCUCCAUUAUCUGUCAUUUCAGUCUAUUUUUGGACAUUAAGAAUAGCUAUGCAUCACGGCUGCUAUACACUACAAAGACAGGAUAAUAGAUUUUCAAUCUAACGCUUGCUUGCUCGGUCGGAAAGCGUCGAGAGAGGCACAGGAGUGAGUUUCUGCUGAUGCGAAGCAAACCGUCUAACAAAAAAUAUUUCAGCGUCUCCGUGUGAUUGAAUUGGUUUAAAAUUAGUUGUUUUGCCCCCUCUCCUGUGUGUAUUUUCCGCCCCCCUCUCUCUCGGUUAGCUAACGUUACUCUCUCGCGUUGAGCAAGGAAAGGAAAAAGAAUAGCUACAGUAUUUCUUUCUCGUCCCCUCUUUCUGAGUUGUACAAGCUAGCCACUUUAGCUAGAGCUAGCUAAUAUCAGCCAGAUGGCUAAAUCAGUCGUCUUUUCGUUGGACUUGGACGUCUUUGUUACAUUUUGACGACGUUAUUUUAAUUUUUAAUGUUUGAUCAAUGUUGAUUCUGUGUUUUGACCAAAUCUACUUGCUUACUGACAUGAUUGCUUGUUAGACCGCUGUCCUAAAAUGGACCUGUGCGUGUACGACCAAUUGUUCUGGCUUUCUGCCGUCAAACUCAAACAUUGUGAGCUACAUUUUCCUAUGUCAGAGGAACUCAAAGGCAUUAAAUGACCGACUCCAUGGUCACCAGCGGAAAACCUUGGUCAUGGACGAUGAAGAUGAUCGCCGUCUUCUAGAUAUAAUAGGAGACGUGCAGGCGCUCAACGAUUAUCUUCAUGGCUCCAGUAGCAAAUCGAUCAAUGAGGAUGACGUGACCAAUGCAGCCUUCGGGUCAGCCAGCUCAUUUUUCACCAGCAGCACGGGAGGAGACCCCGUCUCUGCCCUGAAGGAUGGCACCGGUCGCAUGGGUGCAACCGGAGGGGCGGGCCUCCCCCUCCCCGGGGGCCUCCAGUUCACCGAGGAGGACCUGGCUGGGACCUCGCCCUCCCGGGGGGAGCUAGGGGAGGAGCAGCCCUUCGACAUCCUCCAGAAGUCUCUGCAGGAGGCAGACAUCACGGAGCAGACCCUGGCCCAGGAGGCCCUGCUGGAAUCCCCGCCGGCCACCGCCCCCUUCCCCCAGCAGCUGGUCUCCGGGGGGUUCGGGGGCGUGCCCGUGCUGCAGGCCCAGCCGGGCGGGCCCUUCCCCGGGGCCCCGCCGAGCGGGCCCUUCCCCGGGGCCCCGCCCCAGGGUUUCGUCCAGCAGGCCCCCCCGCCGCCCCAGCCCCUGCAGAACGGCUCCUCCUCCGGACACAUCCAGAUCCUGGGCUCCUUCAACGGGCCGCCCUCCAUGAUGACCAUCAACAGCCUGGAGCCCCCCCAAAUCCUGCUGCGGCCGGGGGGGUCGGCCUCGCCCGGGUUGGGGGGCGGCAUGCUGGUGCAGAGGCAGGCGGGACACCCCGGAGCGACGCAAGGCGCCUUAUUCAACCCGGCCACCGGGGGGCAGGUGUCCAUGCCCUUCAAGGGCUGCGGGACGCCCGUCCCCCUCCAGAACAUCAUCAUCCAGAGAGGCCCCAACCCCCAGAUGCUGGUCAAACCGAUCCAGCCCAAAGCGCUUCAGCUCGGGGGCCAGACGGUGUACAACAUCAGUGGGCUGGGCCAACAGCCACACAACGCCCCGCCAACCAGCAGUCCCUACCCCACCGGCAGCUCCACACAGGCUCCCCAGCAGAUGACUGUUAACAUUGUGAACCAGCCUGCCCUGCAUAAGCCCACCUCCGGUCCCCAGGUCGUCAACCACUCUGGCAGCAUCAUGAUACACUCUCCCCUGGGGCAGCAGCAGCAGCAGGGCAGUCUGCCCCCGGGGCAGUACUUGUUGCCCUCCUCCCUGGCCCUUACCCCCGGCACCACCACGCAGGCCCUCCAGGCUCUGAACGGCCAGGUUCUGCACACGCAGCUACAGGGAACCGCCGACCCCGCCUCCACAAACUCCACCUACUCCGGGACCUUCCUGACCAAUCAGAGCGCGGCCGUUCAGCUGGUCUCCGGGCAGAACUUUGCGGCAGGCGGGCAGCUCAUCGUGAAUCAGGCGGUGGUGAGCGGCCAGCUGGGACAGGCGUCUCCGGCGUUGGUGCAGGUGUCCCAGGCAGUGGGGACGCACCCCAAAAACCAGCUGGGGUUCACCAGCAGCACCCCCGGGGCCCCCACCCCGGUCCAGAGCGGCUACACCCUGGUCAACUCCUCAGACACGGGGUACACCCAACAGGGGGUCCAGGCCCGGCCGCAGGUCUCCGUAAGCUUGGGACACCACUUCCUGGUCCCUCUGCCGCAGGACGGCACCCACACCGGGGUGCAGGGGACCAGCGAGCCCCAGUUUGAGACGCAGUCUUACCAUCAGACCCAGGUCUCUCACUCUUUGUCACCGGCCCUCAAACAACCACAGCUGCAAUCGCAACCACAGUUGGUCAACCUGCUGGGAAGCAAGGCCGGGAAGCCCUCAAUCAGCCUGGAAACUGUGGUAUGCCUGCCAAACCAAGUGGGGUCCCCACAUGUGCCAAAUGCACAGAUGACAAAGCUGAAAAGACCCGCCCCCCAACAGCUCACUAAGGGAGGAAUGGUGCUCCAGCAGCUGAGGCAGGACCAGGGCGGGGUGUUGGCGGGGAGCAGGUCGCCCUUCUCCUCGAUGGAAGACGCCGUCCACAGGCUGCUGCCCUACCACGUGUUCCAGGGGGCCCCGCCGUCCGAUGACGACUUCCACAGAGUGGACGAGGAGUUUGAAACUGUGGCCACGCACGUCCUGAAGAGAACAGAAGCCAUGCUGAACAAAUACCGGCGCCUCCUACUGGUGGACGCUGAGCGCACCAGCCCCUCCUCGGAGAUGGUGAUGAUUGACAGGACGUUCAAUCAGGAGGAGCGGGGGAACCUGACCCAGGACAAGCGGCUGGCACUGGUGGACCCAGACGGUUUCCUGGAGGAGUUCUGCUGCCCGCCGAAGCCCGUGGACACGGCGCAGCCCUGGGGGGUACAGGCGGGGCCGGAGGCCCUCGUGCAGGCCCUCGUGCAGGCCCCGGACCAGCCCAGCCCGGCCCAGACGCUCCCCCAGGAGGACAGAGACUCGGCCUGCGGCGGGCGGGGCCGGGAGGGGCCGCCGAGGCCCGGGGCCGACCCCUCCCUCAGGACAGAGCUGCAGCCGGGGGCCAAGGACCCGGGGGGGGAGCAGCCGGAGGUGUCGCUCAACGAGCACCUGGAGACCGCCAUCAAGAGCAUCCUGCAGCUGAAGAGGACCCAGGGCCGCGGCGGCCUCACCGCCAACGCCGCCCCCGCUCCCGCCCCCGCCCCCGCCCCCGGCCUUCUGCCCCCCACGCCGAGCAGUGCCCCCCGCGCCCCCCCCACCCCGGGCCAGGGCCCCGCCAAGCCCCCCCUCCCCGCUCCGGACUACAGCCAACCGCCGCUAGCCGACACGGACUCCGUGCUGGAGGCGGCUGUCAAUAGCAUACUGGAAUGCUAGGCGGCGCCGCCGCGGGGUUUUCCUAUUUUUAAUUUCCCGUUCCGAUUCUCGUACAGUUCUCAUCUUUCGUCUCACCAGCAUGACUGACGGGUUUCGGGAGAGGGCGAUGGAGGAGGUGGAGGGGGCUACACACGCCCGUCUCGCUCCCACUCUGGGCUUCGUCCGGCCUGCCCCGCCCAAACGCCCAGGCCCCGGUGACGGAGCGAUAGUCUCAGAACCGGUUUAGCACGUUAGCACAUCCUGCAUCCUACACGAGCGAACGCGAGUGUUCUGUGCGUCCGAUGUGUGUGGGUGUGUCCGUCCCUCCCCCAUCCCGUGCAGAGAUCAUUUUUACAUUCUGUCGUGUCUGUCCGUCUGUCCGUCUUCCUGUCUGACAGGAGUCAACCUGACCAAGUCAGCCACACGUGGGAGUGCUGUUGUGUGAUUAUUUUAUAUGCUGGUUUAUAGUGUUAUUUUAUCAUUGUUUGUAAUAUUUGUUUUUUCUCAAUUUUAAGAAUUUUGUUUUGUACCUUACAGGUAUGUGACCCUCAUGUCCCCCCAGAUACACACACACACAUACAGUACGUACACACAUACACACACACACUCACAUACAGUACAUACACACGUACAUACACAUUCUCACACACACACACACACACACACACACACACACACACACACACACACAAGCACACAAGCACAUGUAUAUGUUGCCAGAUUGUGGGGGGAAGUUAAGCUCUCAGAUUGAGGCAUGAUAUUGCACAUUCAUGUUAAUGUAUGUUUUAUUUUUUUCAUUUUUUAUGAGUCUUUUAUAAUUUUACAUGUUGUAUAUGCAGCUGCUGAGUCGAGGAACAGUUCCUCCGUGUGUUGGACCCCUAACGUGUACGGCCUUGGCUCCGCUAGUCUGUGUGUGUGUGUGUGUGUGUGUGUGUCUGUUUUAGAGUGGCAGUUUAUGUUUAAUGUUGUGAAAUAGGUAUCAUCUAAUGGUAAUCAGUCCCUGGCCUUUAUACGGUCUCUUGUCCGUAUGAAUGUGAGAAUAUUGGAUGCAGAAUCCUUAAGACUACAUAUGCACUUCCCCAGUCCUCCUGCAGGGGGCAGCCCUGAGACUAGAGCAGGAACUGCAGGCAGAAAGGUCUGCAUCGCGUACCUGUCUCAGGCAGCAGGAGUCCCGUGCAGGCUCCUGAUUACUGAACUGCCAGCAUAGAGGUAGACAGAUGUGCCGAUAGCUCUGACCGAACAUUAAACGGAGGGAAUGAGAAUUAAACGAGGUAAUCAUCGUAAACUAGCGCAUUUAAGAAACAAGGUAGUCACGCAGACCCCAGCUUUACACAGUGCAGCGUACAUACCGCUGGACGUGCUUAAAAAAACGGCUUAAUGUCGGGGGAAAUACCGUUUGUCAUGACAUCACCGAUCACGUGACUUUACAUGCCUUCACCAGCCAAUAGCGUGCAGCAUCACCUGAUAUCUGCUCUGCCGUUGGGCAGGUACUGAGAUACUGCACAGGAAGUAGGGCCUUUAGAGAGUUUCAGGGAGGUCUCGCUCUCUCUGAUGUAGUGUGAUGCAGUAGUGCUGACAUGCUGUCAGAGGGUAUAGUGUGUCAGUGCUAAAAUCAGAUUUCACUGAGAUUCAGGCGCGUCUGCACUGAUUGAAGCAGUCGGUGAGAUUCAGGGUUAUCAAGUAGCGAUACAGAGCAGUCAGUGUGAUUCGGGUGUGUCAGUAGUGAUGCUAGCUGUCAGUGUGUUUUCGGGGGUGAGUAGUGACGCAAGAGGUCAGUUUGAUUCCGGGGCUUCAGUAGUGACACAAACAGUGAGAUUCGGGAAGGUCCGUAGUGCUUCGAGCUGUCGAUGAGGGUUUGCGAUGUUCGUAGUAAUACAAGUUUUCAGUGAAAUUCAGGGGUGUCGGUAGAGACCGUGUCAGAAGAGAUGAACUGUACACUAUCAGAGGGGGACAGAAGAGCUAUCAGAAGUGGUUUGUGCUGUCAGAGCUGACGGUUAAAUUGGAUUAUGGAUAGAAUACUAUUUGCGGUUGAUGUUGGCAGUAGAUUAUAGGUGAUUUGUGCCUGUGAGUGUGUGCGUGUGCGUGUGUGUGUGGCACUGUGUACAACAUCCAUUCUUAUUCCUGGUCAGAAACUAGUGUGCGUUUCAGAUGUUUGGUUCCCUCGUCUUUCUCCUUAAAAAAACACUACACACAUGCCUUUGCGCAGUCCAACCAAAAAUGACUGAAGCGACAGGAAACAGUCGGUGGCUGUAAUACGUGGACGCUCCCACGGUCCCAGGCGCAUCCUUGCCUUAGGAGAGAGCGUGCGAGGGCGCGGACGGCUUUUCCCCGUGACUUCCUGUUUGCUUUGCGGUAGUGAAGGAGUGUGGCCUUAGAGCAGCGGGUGAGCGGCUCUUGUCUGUCCGUCUCAGUUAUCUCACCAUCGCUCUGCUUUUCAUUUCCCCCUUUCUCUCUCUCCCUCUCUCUCACCCUCCCUCUCACUCGCUCCCUCUCUCUCUCACUCUCUCCCUCUCUCACUAUCUGUCUCUCCCUCUCUCACUAUCUCUCUCUCCCUCACUCUCUCUCUCUCUCUCCCUCACUCUCUCUCCUUCUCUCUCUCCCUCACUCUCUCUCUCCCUCUCUCACCCUCUCUCCCUCUCUCUCCCUCUCUCUCACCCUCUCUCUCACUCUCACCCUCUCUCUCACCCUCUCUCCCUCUCUCUCCCCCUCUCCCUCUCUCUAUCUCUCCCUCUCUCACUCUCUCUCUCUCUCUCUCUCCCUCCCUCCCUCUCCCUCCCUCUCUCUCUCUCACACACAUUUGUAAAGUAUCAGUCUUGCGCAAAACUUGAUUUUGUAUAGUUUCUUUUGUAUAAAUGUGAAGGAAAAAAACACAAAAUAUUUAUAAUUUUUUGUAGAAAAAGGAAAACCAAAAAUGGCAGUUAUUUUUAUUAUGUUGUCUACGAAGUGUUGCAACAAAAAAAAAAAAGGAGGGGAACAGGCUGAAUAUAUUGUCACCGUUUGUUUUUACUUUUGAUUAGUGCGGGUGUUCAGACAAGACAACAGCUCAUACAAAGAGAAAAAAAAAAUGACAAAAAGAUUAAAAUGAUUUUGAAAUACAGCCAAAGACGUGCAGAAUCGUGUGUUCUCUGUUCAACUCUGUCUGUGAGAGCCCUGCGCUGUUACUUGAACACGCAGGUGUGUGUUUCUUAGUGUCUGCUGUUGACAACAUCAUCUUAUUAAUAAAAAAGGAAUAUGACUGAAA